AUGCCUCAUAUUGGCUCACGUUUUAGGAAUCUCGUGUGUCCCUUUAAAGUCUCCUUGUGCAAGGUGAAGCCGACGUCAGGAUCAAAAGUGGAUCACCUUGGAUUCCUAGAGCUUGCUUCUGGCACGGAUCCUAUCGUCGAUAUUGUCGCAAUCCAUGGAUUACAGGGUCACAGAGAGAAUACAUGGAUGACAGACGGCGGAACCCUGUGGCUGCGUGACUUCCUGCCCGCCGACUUGUCCAAUGCUCGAAUCUUGACAUAUGGAUAUGACGCCGAUACUCGUAGCCCCGAGUGUGUAUCAACUCAGACGAUGCGCCGGCACGCCGAAGGGUUCGCCUGGGCGCUCGCGAGAACGCGCAGGGGGAAUCCUCGACGACCCAUCAUCUUUCUAGCACAUGAUUUAGGGUGUAUCAUUCUCCAAUGGGCCCUGGCACUCUGUCACAAUCAGACACUGCAGUCGAAAUGCGAGCUCCGAGACAUUCUGAUCUCCACCGAAGCAAUCUUAUUCUUCGGAACCCCAGAUUUCGGUAUCGAAGUCUCCCUUCUUGAGGCCAUUAGUCACUUGGCUUCGAUGUACAUAGGGGCGAAAGACGUCAUGGUCAAGGAUCUCCGAUCUAACUCAUCUGAGUUAGAGGACAUACAAAGUCGCUACGUCGAGGCAAGCGCGGACAUCAACAGCACAUUCUUGUGUGGAGAAUAUGCGGCUGGAAGUCUGGAUUUCUCAACUUCGAGCAAUCGAAACCCCGCAGCGAUUGUCCUCCACGCCUCCCUUCGUGAUAUGGUCAAAUUCUCAGUCAAAGCGAACGACAAUUAUCAAACGGUUCUUCAGUACCUCAAGGACUACGUUGAAAAUGCCGUGGAGGACAUAAAAGAAAGGUGGUUUACGGAGGAUAAUCGCCGCAGCGCUGCAAAGGAAGAGCCGGUCUCUGAGGUGUCCAUGUUUCCAAAAUCCUGCCCACCUGCGUGGAGAAUGUACAUCGAACGAACACAUGUUCAGUCCCUCAUCACGCAGAACUUGCUUCCGGCCCAACCCACGGAUCGUCAACCACGAUGUAUAUUACACGGGAUAGGAGGCUCAGGAAAAACACAGCUUGCAUUGAAAUGGAUCCAGGAACAUGAAACCCGCUUUACUCGGGUGAUAUACGUCGACGCCUCCAGUAAAACUCAGUUGGAAAUGGACUUAAAGCGGUCAAUUCGGUGCUUAGGCCUCGAAUACAGCAAGAUGAGCUGGAAGGAUGCCAUCGCGUACCUGGAGGGCAAAGAGAAGGGAUGGCUACUCUUCCUCGACAACGCGGACGCACCAGACCUCGAUCUUACCCCUUACAUCCCAAAAUCCACUCAUGGAGCGGUCAUGCUUACUACAAGGAACAAUAAAAGCGUUAACUACGCUCCCGAUGGAGCAGUCCCUGUUGGCCCCCUCGAGGAGGCUGAAGCGCUCAGCCUCCUUCACAAAGUCGCAGAAGUCACCCCUGCAUCCGAUGCCAAAUCUUUGGAGAUAGUAAGGGAGCUAGGGAUGCUGGCGCUUGCAAUUACUCAGGCAGGGGUCUACAUUCGCGCCACGCGGCGCCUCGAAGACUAUCUCGACAUUUUUCGGAAGAGUCGGAGGCGCCUUUUGAGAAGGAAGCCAGAGUUUGGGUCCGAGUAUACAUCCUCGACCUAUACUGCUUUCAACCUAUCAUUCCGGAAACUAAAGACAAAACCACAGGAGUUCCUGAAGCUAUGCGCGUUCCUCCAUCAUUCACUCAUUCCGCUCUCUCUUUUUGAGCGAUCUGUAGGAUCUGGUUUCACUACCUACACGGUUCUGGAAAGCUGCCCUCCGCCAAAGAGUGAUCAGAGGUCCAUAUCAAAGCUAAAAGCAGUUUUUGGCGAGACAUGGGACGCAGAUGGGUUCCAAGAAAUAGUUGAUUCCGCCUCAAAAGCGUCGUUUAUCGACGUUUCGACAGACGGGCUAUUCUACACUGUCCAUCCUCUACUUCAGACCUAUAUCAAGGACUCGCUUGUUGGAUUGGAGAAUGAGCAUUAUUGCCGCGUGACAGCACAACUUAUCCUCGGGGCAAUCCGGCCACCAGAUGGGAAUAACGCUCAGCUUUGGCAACUCCUUCCUCACGCCAACAGCAUUCCGAGGCAAGUACAAUCAAAGGACGUGGCACACGUAUUGGCAUUUUACACGCUUUACGACUCUCUAGGGAGUUGGACUGCGUGUCGGGACUUACUGCAGUCUGCUCAGGCGGCUCUCCAGCUCAUACAAGACGAAGGGCAUGAAGAAUCAAUGUACAUUGACACGAAACUUGCCGAAACCCUUCGAUCUUGCGGUCAAUGGGAAGAAGCAGAAAAACUGCAGCGAGACCUACUUGCUCGACGGCUCAAGGUCUCUGGAGACCGACAUCCAGACACGAUCACGGCAAUGAAUAACCUUGCAUCGAUCUUGUAUAGCCGAGGGCAGCUGGAGGAGGCGGAGACGACGCAGCAAAAAGUACUCGCUCUGCGGCUCGAGAUCUCUGGACCACGGCAUUCCGACGCCAUCGUGGCAAUGAACAACCUCGCGGCGACCUUGCGUGGUCGUGGUCAGUUGGACGAAGCCGAGAAGAUGCAGCGAGACGUGCUCGCUCUGCGGCUCGAGAUCUCUGGACCACGGCAUCCCGACACCAUCAUGGCAAUGAACAACCUCGCGUGGACCUUGCAUGGUCGUGGUCAGUUGGACGAAGCCGAGAAGAUGCAGCGAGACGCGCUCGCUCUGCGGCUCGAGAUCUCUGGACCACGGCAUCCCGACACCAUCACGGCAAUGAACAACCUUGCGUGGACCUUGCGUGGUCGUGGUCAGUUGGACGAAGCUGAGAAGAUGCAGCGAGACGUGCUCGCUCUGCGGCUCGAGAUCUCUGGACCACGGCAUCCCGACACCAUCAUGGCAAUGAACAACCUCGCGGCGACCUUGCGCGGUCGUGGUCAGUUGGACGAAGCUGAAAAGAUGCAGCAAGACGUGCUCGCUCUGCGGCUCGAGACCUCUGGACCACGGCAUCCCGACACCAUCAUGGCAAUGAACAACCUCGCGUGGACCUUGCAUGAUCGUGGUCAGUUGGACGAAGCCGAGAAGAUGCAGCGAGACGCGCUCGCUCUGCGGCUGGAGAUCUCUGGACCACGGCACCCCGACACCAUCAUGGCAAUGAACAACCUCGCGGCGACCUUGUGUGGUCGUGGUCAGUUGGACAAAGCCGAGAAGAUGCAGCGAGACGUGCUCGCUCUGCGACUCGAGAUCUCUGGACCACGGUAUCCUGGCACCAUCGCUGCAAUGCACUGCCUUGCCAUGACCUUGCGUGAUCGUGGUCAGUUGGACGAAGCCGAAAAGAUGCAGCGAGACGUGCUCGCUCUGCGGCUCGAGAUCUCUGGACCACGGCAUCCCGACACCAUCAUGGCAAUGAACAACCUCGCGUGGACCUUGCGUGAUCGUGGUCAGUUGGACGAAGCCGAAAAGAUGCAGCGAGACGUGCUCGCUCUGUGGCUCGAGAUCUCUGGACCACGGCAUCCCGGCACAAUCAUGGCAAUGAACAACCUCGCGGAGACUUUGCGUGGUCGUGGUCAGUUGGACGAAGCCGAGAAGAUGCAGCGAGACGUUCUCGCUCUGCGGCUCGAGUUCUCUGGAUCAGGGCAUCCCGAUACCAAUACGGUAAUAAACAAUCUCGCGUUGAUCUUGGAUAAUUGCGGGAAGACGGAGGAGGCGGAGAGGAUACGGCAAGAUGUGCGUGCCUUGCAGCUUCAGGGUUCUGGGUAA